AUGGGGCGUGUGCGUAUCAAUGCCUGCUGCCCAUUCGCCAUUCCCUUGUCCUCCGCUUCUCGUUCCCACCACCAGGCGGUGCGGAGGGCGGCACAGGCUGUGGAGCGGUUGGCAGCAACGGCAAGGGAGGAGCUUCCGGGGACGAUGGCGGCAGUGCGGCUGUCAGGGAUGGAGAUCAGCGACCUCACCAUGGAGCUCAGCGACCUCAGCCACGAGAUCUCUCAGGGAGUGCGCAGUCCGGCACGGACGUCCCGCCUUGCCGCCAGCACCAGCAGCACCAGGGCCAAGGAGCAACACACUACUGACCCUCUCAAAGACGCUACAGUGAUCCCCAUCCGCGUGGUAAGCCCUCUCUUCUCCUCCGCUACUGGUGCGGUUGGCGCCGACUCUCUCAAGGACGCCACAGUGAUCCCAAUCCCGUGCGACUCUCUCAAAGACGCCACAGUGAUCCCCAUCCGUGUGGUCAGCCCUCUCUUCUCCUCUGCUUCCGGUGCGGAUGCAACUGUAAUCCCCAUCCGCGUUGUAAGCCCGCUCUUCUCCUCGGCUGCUGGUGCGGUCGGUGCUGCCGCCUCCACAGUCGGCUCUACAGUGUCUCACGUGGGCGGCACAGUGGGGGCGGCGGCGUCGCACGUGGGCGGCACGGUCGGGGCAGCAGCAUCGCAUGUUGGGGCAGCAGCGUCGCACGUGGGCGGCGCAGCGGCUCACAUUCCCUCGGUGCAUGCUCAUAUUGAGGGUGUUGGGUCGCACAAGGUGGAGGGAGCAGGCAGCGUAAGGCAGGAGGAUGCGGUGAGGGUGGGGGCGGCAGCAGAGGAGCAGUUUGAGCUGUCGUCGCUGCCCUCCUUGGUGGGAUGGCUGCAGCACAGAAAAGACAAGGAGAAGCACCCUAAGGGGGAUGUGAGAGGGUGA